AUGCAACCCAAAACCAAAAAAUCACGAAAUAUUGGUAAAAUUAUUUUAGCAUUUGCUGUGGUCACAUUAUGCAUCUUUUUGAUUCUUCACAAACCAUUGCCUGCCGGAUUUGCAAAGUCAAAAAUUGAUCGAGUUACUUUACAUGUCAUUGAACCGGUUCUCAGAGCGGUUUAUUAUUAUCCCGUGAGUACAUACGUUUUUUAUGUAUAUAUUAUGAAUAGGUUUUCAAAGACCAAGAAAAACAAUUUUUAUAGAGUAGAAUGUUUUCAAAACCAACGGAUAUGGUUUGGUGGACAAGAUUAUCGUUAAACGGAUUGGCAAAGGUCACUGGACCGAUAACUGUGUUCGAUCACUUUUUGAAUAUUGAAAAUAAGGAUUGGAAUGGAGUUCCUGUAAGAGUUUUUAAUCCAGUCAAUCAAACUUCAGCCACUGGGGGUGUUGUUGUUUUUAUUCAUGGUGGAGGUUUUGCAUUGGGGAAUGUUGAAAUGUAUGAUAGUUUGACAAGAAGAAUUGCUAAACAGUGAGUAUUUGGGGUUUGGAUUUUCGGAAAAAUCAGAUUAAUCAAUUUAUUGAAAUAGUUAUUCGCAAGUUUCCUAAUUAUUCAAUCUAUAUAAUUUCAAUCAAAAAACAUGGAAUAAGUUUUCCAGCUUAAAAUCAAAUGAUCUCAUGCAAAUUUUCCAGAAUGAACACAUUCGUUGUCUCAAUUGAAUAUCGACUAUCACCAGAAACCCCAUUCCCUGGAGGUCUUCAUGAUUGUGAAAAUGCUCUAGCCUACUUAUUCGAAAACGGUGCCAAAGAAUAUGGUCUAGAUUUGAAUCGUGUUGUUGUAAUGGGCGAUUCUGCUGGUGGCAAUCUGGCAACUGCUGUGACGCAAAGGCGAGUUGCUCGAGGACAAAAGCCGGCAAUUGCUGGACAAGUCUUACUGUAUCCAUUGUUACAAUUAGUGGAUAUGCAAACUGUUUCUUAUCGAUAUUUUCAUAAGAGAUUGGAUGGUUUUGCGUUAGUUGGUGGGUAAAUUUUCUUGAGUAAAACAUAAAGACAUUUUAUUUAGACCCGGAAUCAGUUGCUUAUUACUACAUGUUUUAUGCUGGAAUUGAUAUGAAUGAGAAAAAAUACCUCGUUCCUUAUGUGCUUACAAACGGGCACGUUAAACCGGAGCUCAAAGCAAAAAUUGAUAAGGUAUGUAGAUGAUUUUUUAAAGCUUACCCAGUUAAAUAAAUAAAAAUUCCAGAAAAUGUCAUAUGAAAAAGUGAUUGAAACCUAUCCAAACUAUAACAAUAUAACAAUUCCGAAACGUUGGCCAAUCCGAGAAAGUCAAGAAGCUCAGGAAUUAUUGAAAGAUCUACUCACUAACCCUGAUUUUUCACCAAUGAUGCGGGAAAAUUUGUCAGGAAUGCCAAAAAGUUUGGUUGUAACGUGUGAAUAUGAUGUUCUUCGGGAUGAGGGGAUUAUUUAUGCAGAACGGCUCAAGGUUGGUUUUUUUUUCAAAUUUUGCAAUCUGAAAGAAUCCCCAACAACGUUCACCAUUUUCUCAAUUUAUAGAAAGCUGGAGUUCCGACAACUGCUGUCAACUAUAAAAAUGGUUUCCAUGCAAUGCUGAAUAUGCACAACGAAGUCAUUGAGGCGUCGAACUGUUUGAAUGAUGUGAUUUCUUGGACCUUGCAAAAUAUUAUAAUAAAUCAUCCAACACAUUCUUGA